AUGGCGUCUCCGUCAGAUUCUGCAUCUCCUGCCUCUCUUCCGAACUUUCCCCCAAAUUCUUCGACAAACCCUAACUUGUCCAAUUCGUAUGCUUCUCUCACGAUUCAGAAUAUUGGAAGCAUGGUGCCGAUUAAGCUCAAGCGAUCUAACUAUCUUCCAUGGCGUGCUCUGUUUGCCCCAAUUCUCAGGCGCUACAAACUUUUUGGCAUUGUUGAAGGUACUGAGCCAUGUCCACCGCCUUUCCUUCCAGAUCGAUCGGUUAAUCCAGCCUUUGAGCUUUGGUAUGAAAAAGAUCAGAAUCUGUUGAUUUGGUUAAAUUCUACACUCUCAGAAGAUGUUAUUCCUUUCACUGUUGGUGUCUCUUCUGCUCGAGAUCUUUGGAUCAAGCUUGAACAACGUUUUGGUGGUGUCUCCGAUGCUCACAUCCAUCAACUCCGGUCUCAACUCCAAGCGAUUCAAAAAGGUGCUCAAUCUAUGGCAGAUUAUCUUCAACACCUCAAAGAAAUUUCUGAUUCUCUCUCUGCUGCUGGUGCGCCUAUUUCUGAUCGAGAUCUCAUUGCGGCUACUCUUGCUGGAUUACCUGAUGAAUUUGAAUCAUUUAUUGAUUCUGUAAUGUUGCGCCUUUCUUCCACGUCUCUGGAUGAGUUACAUGGCCUUCUUCUCACCAAGGAGCUUUCAAUGUCUCGUCGCAAGAAGCUCUCUUCUUCCACCACUGAGUCCUUUCAGGCGUUCUCUGCUCAGUCUCAACCGCCUCUUCUUCCAACUCCACCGCCUCAAGCAUAUGUUGCACAAUCUCAACAAUCCUUUGGUUUCCCUUCUCAUCGUGGAAGAAACACCUAUCGAGGUAAUCACUAUCAUAAUCCUGGCCGGAACAAUAACAAUCGUGGACACAGAGGCACUUAUAGGGGUCAAUCUUCCAAUCGUGGUCAUCCACAAGGUGUUCGUCACUCUUCCUUUAGCAGUAAUCGUGUUCCUUGUCAAAUUUGUGGCUCUACUAGUCAUGAAGCUAUUGAUUGUUAUGAUCGCAUGAAUCCUGACUUCUCUGGGAAGAUUCCUCCUGCAAAACUUGCAGCCAUGUGUGCACACUAUACCUCCAAACCUUCUCCAUCUUGGCUACUGGAUUCUGGCGCUACAACUCACAUCACUAAUGAUAUUGCCAACAUCUCUUCACCAACACCGUAUACUGGCGAGGACAAAGUUUAUGUCGGUGAUGGUAAUGGUCUCUCUAUACAUCACAUUGGCUCUUCUUCUUUGCAUUCUCCUCAUGCUAAAUUUCAUUUGAGUAAUGUGCUCCAUGUUCCUCAAAUGAAACACAACUUGUUAUCUGCUUCCCAAUUUCUCAAAGAUAACUAUUGUGCUUUAACACUUGACUCUGAUGGAUCUGUUGUAAAGGAUCGUACUACGGGGAGGACGCUUUUGCAGGGUCCCGUUAAAGAUGGCUUUUACCCUCUGCUAGACUGUUCCUAUACUGCUCCAUCUUCUGGAUCCUCUUAUGCUUUCGUCAGUGCUCAGGGUUCCGUCAAACUUUGGCACAGUCGGCUGGGACACCCUUCUUCAUCUAUCUUUCGCAAAAUAAUUUCUAGUACUAAGCUUGCUAUUAAGGGUACAUCAUCUGUUGACUUCUUUUGCUCCAAGUGUGCUAUUGCUAAGAAUCACAAACUACCAUUUAGUUCAUCCACUACAUCUACCUCUCAGUCUCUUGAGCUAUUACAUUGUGAUCUGUGGGGACCAGCUUCUGUCACUUCAGGAAGUGGUUUUCGAUAUUAUUUUCUCAUUGUCGAUGACUUUAGCAAGUACAGUUGGUGUUUUCCUUUAAAGACUAAAUCAGAGGUGUAUUCUACUUUUGUAAUCUUCAAAGCCUAUGUUGAGAAUAUUGUUGGUAAUAAAAUCAAGAUACUUCGUUCAGAUUCUGGGGGUGAAUUUACCAGUUUACAGUUUAAAGUUUUUCUACAUACUCAUGGUAUUGUCCAACAACUCAGUUGUCCACACACACCAGAACAAAAUGGUUGUGUGGAGAGGAAACAUCGGCAUCUUGUUGAGACAGCUCGGACCUUAUUAGUUGAAUCCAGUGUUCCUCAUUCCUAUUGGGUUGAAGCUUUUACCACUGCCAUUUAUCUUAUAAAUAGGUUGCCUAUCUCAGGAAAUACUAAAUCACCGUGGGAGUUGGUAUUUCGCAAGUCUCCAGAUUAUUCCAAACUUAAAGUUUUUGGGUGCAGUUGUUAUCCGUGGUUAAAGCCCUACAUUUCAUCUAAACUUGAUGGGAAAAGUAAGAGAUGUGUCUUCUUGGGUUACAGUUUACAACACAAAGGUUAUCGGUGCUUGGAUUUGGAAACUAAUCGGAUUUAUGUCUCUCGACAUGUUACAUUUGAUGAGGAUACUUUUCCAUUUAAAGAUGUUUCUUCAGUUCCAUCUUCUAUUGAUCAGUCUCUUUCUCCAUCUUCAUCUAUUAAUCUUCACUUUUCAAUGCCUCCAUCUCCACCCUCUGUCCCUGUGCUUCUCUCCACCCCUCUCUCAUCUUCUUCCCAACCCGCUGUCCCUCCUCACUCUAUUUCUUCACCAGCAUCUGUGCCUACGCAUCACCCUGUCUCUCCAAAUCAUUCUGAGCUUUCGCAUCCCCCUGUGCCUCCUCCUGUUUCUAAUGUGCAUCCCAUGGUUACUAGAUCCAAAAAUGGUAUUCAUAAGCCCAAAGCAUUCACUGCUACCAAACAUCCUCUUCCUUCCUCCACUGAUUACAUUCCCAAUACUUAUCUUCAAGCAUCUAAAUUUGAAAAUUGGCGACUAGCAAUGCAAAAUGAAUUCAAUGCUCUUUUAUCUACUGGCACUUGGACACUUGUUCCUCCUUCACCCUCUCACAAUGUAGUUGGCUGCAAGUGGGUCUUUCGAAUUAAAAAAAAUCCUGAUGGCUCCAUUGAGAGAUAUAAAGCAAGGCUCGUUGCUAAGGGAUUUCACCAAAAGGAAGGUCUUGACUACACAGAAACUUUUAGUCCAGUUGCAAAGCCGGUUACUAUCAGACUCUUGUUAUCUUUUGCUGUCCAAUUUAACUGGUUUCUUAAUCAACUGGACAUAAGCAAUGCUUUUCUGCAUGGUGACUUAAACGAGGAUGUAUUCAUGGUUCAACCUCCUGGUUUUCAGGAUCCCAGCAGGCCUACUCAUGUGUGCAAGCUCAGAAAAUCUCUCUACGGCCUUAAACAAGCUCCUAGAGCUUGGUUUGACAAAUUAUUUCAAGCUCUUCUAUCUCUGGGAUUUAGUCAAUCAUCAUCUGAUGCUUCUUUAUUUGUUCUUCAUGCUCCAACUCUGGUUAUAGUUCUUGUCUAUGUUGAUGAUAUUCUGGUAAGUGGUCCUGAUGCUACCAUUUGCAAUCAGUUCAUAGCCAAGUUGAGCACUUUAUUUCCUGUCAAAGAUCUAGGUCCCUUGCAUUACUUUCUGGGUCUAGAAGUUCAUCGAGCCAAAGAUACUCUGAUUCUUCACCAAAACAAGUAUCUGCUUGAUCUGUUACAGAAAACAAAUAUGACUGGUGCAAAACCCUGUUGCACUCCACUUAGCUCUACCAAGCUAGAUCACAGUGGGGAAUUACUUGCUAAUCCCACUGAAUACAGAUCCCUUGUCGGUGCUCUUCAAUACUUAACUUGGACAAGACCUGACAUUUCCUUUGCAGUGAAUCAAAUCUGUCAAUUUAUGCAUACACCUACUGUUCUUCACAUGCAAGCAGCCAAACGUAUAUUGCGUUUUCUCAAAGGGACUAUUACUCAUGGUCUCUUGUUUAGGAAAAGCUCACUGCAUCUGUCAGCCUACUCUGAUGCCGAUUGGGCUGGUUGUUCUUAUGACCGAAGAUCCACUGGUGGUUCAUGUGUUUUUCUGGGUACCAACUUAGUUAGCUGGAGUGCCAAGAAACAAUCAACCGUAGCCCGAUCCUCUACUGAAGCUGAGUACAGGUCCUUAGCUCACACUGCUGCAGAGGUUACUUGGAUUUGCAAGGUGCUCAAAGACUUUGGUUUUCCUAUUUCUCACAAACCUACUCUCUGGUGUGAUAAUAUCUCUGCUAUAUCUCUUGCCUCUAAUCCUGUAUUUCAUGCUCGUACUAAGCAUGUCGAGAUUGAUUAUCAUUAUAUUCGUGAGUUAGUGCUUGCACAUCUGGUUGACGUUAAAUAUGUGUGCAGUCAGUCUCAAAUUGCAGAUAUCCAUACCAAAGCCUUGUCUAAAAACAGAUUCCAGUUUCUGCAGUCCAAGCUUUCACUUGGAAUCCUUGAUUCUUCCAAGUUUGGCUUGAGGGGGUGUAAAGAUGAAGAUGAUAUCUCAUAA